CACAAUCUAUCCCACGGGUGAAUAAUUAUUGAAAAUCGUUCUAAUUAUAUGUCUUUUCAAUUUGUAUUUAUUAUUUGAACGAUUGAAUCAACUAGAACGCCUCUUGCUCAACACGAAAGUUUGGGUGGCAACAAGACAAUAAUGUGGCAUAAAAGCAGAGAUGAGGUAUUUAUUCUGAGACCUAAUAGUUAAUGAUAAACUGUUUUAUACUUUUCAUCCACUCUAAUCUGCAAUGCAUAAGCUUGGUUGAGUUGGGGCUCUCACCAUUGGGGCCCUUGUAAUUGAGAGAAAUUGUAUAAUUUUCUUUAGGAGAGCAUUGUGCACUGAAUUGUUUUAUUCUAGAAGUGUCAAUUCAUUAAAACAAACGCUAUAAUCUUCUACUAUAUUACCUAUCGUUCUUUUAACUUCUGUGGACCUGUCUCUCUCCCUCUUCCUCUCUCUAUCUCAUCUCAAGAGCUCAUGUUUAAAAGCAUACCAACCAACUCUGCUACAGGAUUCCUCUCUCUCUCUCCCUUCUCCGAGACCAACUGCAUAUUCCCUAAACCACUAGUUCUGCUCUCAUUUCUCACUUUACAAACAUGAGAAGAAUGGAUUUAUUCUGUGCAUCACAAGCUGCAACGGCCAUACGUCUAGGCAUGGGAGAAGAAGGGUCAUCCUCCUCCUCCUCCUCUUCAUCCUACAUCCCUCUAAGCAGCAGCCCAGCAAUCGAUCGAUGCAAUCCCAUCAUCAGAGACUCAAGAAGGCUAGCCAACCCACUACCUCCUUGCUCUUCACAACCACCCAUAUCUCCUAAACCUCACAAUCAUCACCUCCAUAAGAGUAAAAAGAGCUCUUCAAAGCCAAAUGAUGAGACCAAGAAAAAGAGUUCUAAAAAGCCAAAUGAUCAAAAGGGAAAGAGCUGUGCUGAGCCAAGUGAGAGUAUUGCAAGGAAGAGCUGGGGCUGUACUAAGCCUGGUGAAUUCAUUAGCCAUCCUACUUCUUCUAGGUACUUGUUGGGUGACACAGCUUUCUUGGAUGUGUUAUCAGAUUUUGACCCAAUUUUGAAAUUGGUUCCAGCGGAACCUAGCAAGCCUCAAGUUGUUAAAACAGUUGAAUCCUCUGCUUCUAAACCGCCUUCUUCAUCUCGCUCUCCUGAUCAGGUGGUUGUCUUGAGGGUGUCACUGCACUGUAGAGGCUGUGAGAGAAAGAUGAGGAAACAUAUCUCUAGAAUGGAAGGGGUGACAUCCUUCAACAUAGACUUUGCGGCAAAGAAGCUGACGGUCGUCGGAGAUGUGACGCCGUUGAGUGUUCUCUCCAGUGUGUCAAAGGUGAAGAACGCACAAUUGUGGCCACCGGCAAUAUCAUCUGCAGUCCCACCGGUUAGCUCGAGUUAGCCAGAGUUGAAGAAGUACAAAGGUUAAGGGUAUGAGAGAGAAUAGGGAACUUUCCUCCUGGGUUGUGACUGUUUGAAUUGUUCAGUGUAGUUUGUGUAAAUUUGGAUUUGAGAAUGAAAAUCAGAACCUCUGGUGGAAGGAAGUUAUGGGUAUUAAAUUGUUAUUUUCCUUGUACUUUGUGAUAGUCUCCUCUGCAUUACGGGUUAAAGUUCUCAAAUUUAAA